CCUAUGUUUUUGUGAAGCUUUUAGUAGCACAAUAAUCGUGUUAGCGUUUGUUUUAAACGAAAAUUAAAUAGUUCAGUGCGUGAAAUAUACGGAUUAUAUCAAGAUAUAAUCGAAAUAAAUCGUUAGUGCGUCUGCGCGUGUUGAAUUACAUAGUAUAAUUGUAUAAACGUUUAGCUGAAUGAAAUUAAUUGUGUGAUUGCAAAUCGCUAUAAACGGAAAAGUAUGUGACGAACUUAUUCAAACAUGUGUAUUUCGUGUAUGUGGAUAGUUAGAUGUGCAAAAAAUUGUGGUUGAGAAAUGGGUGACAGACUGAAACAUCCAUUUAAAGUGAAAGAAAAAACAUUUAUAGUGAUUUGUCCAACAUGGAUUUGAUCACGGACUUAUCACAGCUAAGCCCCGGUCUUAUAGACGAGUUGGAGGCUUUCAUGGCCCCCGUCGGCGAGGGAUGCUACCAGCCUCAGCCAAUCGACGCCCGCCGAAUAGGGGGCCACCAACUACCAGAAAGCCCACCAGAUUCCGGUUCGGAAAACCCUUACAGUCCAGAGACUCAAGUGUCCCACACUAUUGCGGUAUCCCAGACGGUUCUCGGAACGGAUUACAUGCUGGUCCCAGACCAUAUAACAUCCCACGAGAUCUUACAUCAAAAUGGUGACUACAUUUACGAAGAAUUAAAAGCUGAUAAUAUCGAUCAUGACGUAUUAAGGAGCAAUUUGAACGAAGUCGUUGUUCUACCCCAAGAUUCUAACAUAGAUCUGGGGCUGAGAACUGUUCGCCACGAUAUGGGUUUAUCAGACCAGAUUGCUUACCAAAACAGAUACAAUCAAAUAAGGGUUGAACUGCCGGAGCUCGAACAGGGAAUGAUUAACCCUCAACUAGUAUCGCUGGGACACGAUACCCUGACGCCAGUGUACACGAAUCUACAGGAACCAAGCAGUAAGAAGAGAAAACAUUCGCAAGAUAUUAAUUCUCAAGUUAAAUGUGAGCCAGCUGCGCUAUCACCGGAGAGCGUAGUGGUCCGUCCACCGCCAUCCGUAGACGGAUCGGAAGCCGGUGACGAAUCGCCAUUGCAGUGCAUACGUUUUGCCCAUUUCCAACAAAAUAUCUGGCAUUCGCUAUAUGACUGCAAUGCGAAGCUGUUGCCACCCCCCUCCUACAUCGUCGGGGCGGACAAGGGUUUCAAUUUCUCUCAAAUAGACGAAGCCUUCGUUUGCCAAAAGAAGAACCACUUCCAGGUGACCUGUCAGAUACAAAUGCAGGGCGAACCGCAUUAUGUCAAGACGUCUGAAGGUUUCAAGAAGAUUAAUAACUUCUGUCUUCACUUCUAUGGUGUUAAGGCAGAGGAUCCAAGUCAGGAAGUGAGAAUCGAACAAAGUCAGUCCGAUCGAACAAAGAAACCGUUCCAUCCGGUUCCGGUGGAGCUACGCCGAGAGGGUGCAAAGGUGACGGUUGGUAGGCUUCACUUCGCGGAAACCACAAAUAAUAACAUGAGGAAGAAGGGUAGACCUAAUCCGGACCAGAGGCACUUCCAGCUGGUGGUGGCUCUACGAGCACACACCACCCACGCAGAUUACAUGGUGGCGGCUCACGCCAGCGAUAGGAUUAUCGUCAGGGCGUCAAACCCCGGCCAGUUCGAAUCGGAUUGCACAGAAAACUGGUGGCAGCGUGGCGUGUCAGAGAACAGUGUCCACUACAACGGCAAAGUUGGUAUCAACACGGACAGACCAGACGAAGCCUGCGUUAUAAAUGGUAAUCUAAAAGUAAUGGGGCACAUAGUACACCCCUCGGACGCGAGAGCGAAACACAAUAUUGAAGAGCUGGACACUGCGCAGCAGCUGAAGAAUGUGCAGAGUAUAAGAGUUGUUAAGUUCAACUACGAUCCGUCGUUCGCGAGCCACUCGGGGCUGCUGGGGCGCGACCCGCGGGCGGGCGCCGCGCCGGCCGACACGGGCGUGCUGGCGCAGGAGGUGCGCCGCGUGCUGCCCGACGCCGUCAAGGAGGCGGGUGACGUCACGCUGCCCGACGGCGACACCAUACACAAGUUCCUCGUCGUCAACAAGGACCGUAUUUUUAUGGAGAACCUCGGAGCCGUCAAGGAGUUGUGUAAAGUGACGGGCAAUCUGGAAUCCAGGAUCGAUCAGCUGGAGAGGAUCAACAGGAAACUAUGCAAGAUCAGCGUUCUCCAGAGGAGAGACAGCUCCAGGUCCAGCAUUAGUAAUGAUUCGCGUUUCUCCGGCGUAUCAACGUCAUCGAAGUCAUUCUACAGCGAUGGUAACAUAUCCAUCGACCAGAUAAGGGACAUCGCCCGAAGCAUCCGCAAGCACGAGUGUUGCCACAAAUUGAGCCACAAUUCCCCGAAAUUCACACGCAAACAAUGCAAAAAUUGCCACGGGAGCUACUCGAAAUAUGGCAAAUAUUACAAUUACAAUAAAACAUGCGUUAGAUAUCAUUCCAGUAAGGAAAAAGUUGAUGAUCCAAAAGCUUAUCCAGCUUAUAUAAACGCAGUCGACAGCGCCCAUAAGUUGCCAGAGGAAAAUUAUACUAACACAUCGAAAAAGAAGGAUUCAUGUCUAUGGUUAAAGGAUGAGGAUAAUUUCGGUAAUGGCAACACUAAUCUAGCUUUCUGCUGUCGAAGGAAAUACAGAUACGGGGAUGCCAGUAAUGAAUUGAUAUCAAAUAAAUUUCUACAGAUUAUUAUAACAAUACUAAUAUUCGUAAUGGCUGUAUGCCUGGUGGCGAUGUCGGCGCUGUACUUCCGCGAGCACCGCGAGCUGGCGGCCGUGCGCGCGCGCGCCCUCGCGCCCCGCCCGCGCCCCGCGCCCCCCGCCGACCGGAACCACAUACAGAAUCUGAAAUCACAGCACACGAUCGCUAAGAAGACUAAAGAGAAAGGUCCGUAUAAAACGAGUCCAGAGUACACGACGUCGACCCCCGACCCUCACUUGACAGCGACAACUAUGCACGCAUCGAGAAACUACGUGAAGAAUGUGCUGAACAUGGAGCAAACCUCCCAGUCGCCACAACUGGACACACCGGUUAUUCUGUCACGGAUCGCUGACGUCAUCGGUAGCGGAUGCACGUUCACAGUGAACUCUGACAACGAACUGGAUGCUGAAUGUCAAGAUAUUAAAAGAAUUUCCAAAUGGAUAUUGUAUUUUCUGUCUUCCUGCGGCCUCGACCCUCCACAGACAUACGAAAACCAGGAACCUCUAGAACGUUCUAAAACAGACAAAGAGUUAAACGAGACAUACCCAAGAACAUUAGAGAGCUUACCCAAAGACAAGCUACCCUUAACCCCAGUGAUACCAGAAAAGAACAAUUCAAAAAUACAAAAACCAGAAACUGAUUCACUAAAGAACGCAAUCCAUGAGGAAAUUAUGGCUGAAUCGAAUUACUUAGAACAGAAUAAAGUGAACGGAUCAGAGAUUGGGAGGUUGAGGAGGGAUGUUCGAGAUAUAAGAGAGACCAAUGAGGCGCUGUUGAGGAGCAGCUCGGAGGAGAUGAUUAUUGAGCAAUCGGAAGAGAUAAGUAUGCCAGAGUGCGACACGGUGUCGGUGGGCGUGUCGAGCGCGGCGCUCGUCAACGCGAGCGUGUUCGCGGCGCGCGCGUGCUCGCGGGUCACGCACAACUACACGUACACCGUGCCGCUCUCGCGCUGCCUGCGCGCCGACCGCCUCGACCUCACCUUCAGAUCGUCGAAAUUAAAAGAAAUGCGUCUGUGCGACCUCAAUUGCAAGUACGAUACGAUCAAGAAUUGUCAGCUGAAUCGUGAAAUUGCGAAGCCUAUACCGACGGGAGAGCUUUGGACGUCGAAAAUUACCUUGGAAUGCAACAUGGACAGGCAUAUGAAGAUACGGGCGGCGUUUAUGCCUUUAAAGGAUUUGUGCUAUUUGAGCCCAGACAGCAAGACACCCUUCCUAGAGUUCAACAUGCACGUGUAUAGAGAUUGCCGUAACUAAUUUUUUUUUUAACUUGGUAUCAGCAUCACAAUUUAUAUAUUUUUUAUUAUUUUUUUACUUUAAAACAUUCCUAGAAGUGCAAUUAUAUAACCGUCCGAAAUAAUUUUAACAUAUAUCUGUAUUUUUUGUAUAUUUCUUAAACAUUCCUAUAACUUUAAAAUUAAUUGAAUUUAUUAUGUGUAAUUUUAUUCUGGCAACACUGACAAAGAAUUGAAUAAUACAUACAAUAUAUUAUGUCUGUUUUAAAUCAAUUUUAAUGAGAUAUAAAAGCUGUGUAUAUUUAAUCUUUGACCGUUUGUUAUAUUUAGUAAAAAUGUAACUGUGUGUUGACAAAUAUAUAUUUAUAAUAAAUAUUUUGGAUAUAACCUAGCUGUCAAAUAAAUGCAGGCAGAAAAUUGUGAGAGAGACUUAUUCUACGAUCAGAAGUUGUCUCUUUCUAACAAGUUUCUUUUUAAUGGAUCUGACCAUUCUUUAUCUAUGGUAUCCUAAACUGAUGGCUUAUCAUUAUUAUAAAUUUAAAAAAAAAAUUAUUAAUUAAUUGGAUAUAAUUUUGUUUAUGUUGACAAUUGAAAUAUUUUAUAAAAAAUUAAUUAAACCUCAAUAAAUUUUUCUUAACGUUUUAAUAUGAAAUUUGUGUCAUAUACACUAACUAUGGUCAUGAAUUUGAGUGUGAGAGGGAUAGAACUAGCACGAAUAAUUAUCAACUGGUCACAUUAUAGACCUUGUUAUAUUCGUUUUGUCUCUUUCUAAUGAUGGAUGAAGCUCUAUCUCUUAUCCUCAUCAACUUUUCAAAUAUCUACAAACGAAAACCUAUUUUAAUAAUAAUUGACUUAUUAUUAUUUUUAUGUGAACACAAGUAAUAAAUAUAACAAAUAAAAAAAUAACUACGUACAUGUUACCAAGGAAAAAAUCAGAUUUUUAAAUUUAUAACACUUCGCGACGACAGACGAAAAGUACGAUUUUAUCUUUUUUGGUUAAAUUAAGUAUGAAGUUUGUAAUCCCUUUUCUUGUCUAUUGGUUAUAGACAGACUUGGGCAAAAUGUAAUCAGACUAAUGAUUAGCGAUUACGAUUACAAUGUGUAAUCAUCAAUCUCGAUUCCAGAUUAAUGAGUGUAAUCAUAUUAAAGUAAUUAAACAAUGAUGAUUACUUUCCAUCAGAUUAUUAAUCUGUUUACGACAGUAGUUGACAACGCCCAACUCUAGUUUAUAGAAAUAGAAAAAAAGUAUUUCUAAACAUAUUUUUUUUAUUUAAUUGUACCUGUAGCAGAUUUAUAGAUAUUUACGUUUGUAAAUAAGUUAUUUUAAAUGCUGGUGUUUAAAGUCGGUGGUAGCUAUUUUUUUUUUAAUUAUUAUAAGUAAUAAGUAAUUUUCGCCUGUAUUUUUAUUGUAUUGUACAGAAAUUAAUUGAUUAUUUUCAAUGUGUUUUUUUUAUUUGUUUAAGUUAGUAUUUUUUUUAGUAUAUAAGUGAAUACUCAAAAACAUUCUGACAAAUUUAUCUCUAUAUAAUUUUUAAACGAUUUAGUCUUCAAACUAUUUGCAUGUGUUACUUUCUUUUCA